AAGCAAAUGAGAGGCAAAUGUGUGAUGUCCAGAUUACGAAACGUCAGUUAGAGACUCGUACCAGACCUUUCCGACGCUCCAGUCUCUCCCCGUUCUUUCGCAUUGGAGGAGCUUGACCCGUGCUGGUCUCGUACGUCCUAAUCCGCUGAAGUUCUCUCAGGCAAGGCAUCACCAUGAACCCAGACCGCGAUCGACUUCGCCCUAGUAGGGCCGACGCUGCUAGUUCCAGAGACGUUGUUAUUUUUAGAGGCACUGGGCAUGGUGAAGAUCCAUCGCGCGUGAGGAAUCCGAGCAACGCGACCGAUGUGGGCGAUGCGAGGAAUGCGAGCAUCGUGGACGAAGAGAUUCGCGGCAAGUGGAACACAGUCAUGGCUGCUGUUGACGAGGAGCGACUCGUUAAUAGCAUGGAGCUGGAACUGCAGCUCAGGAAGGACCACGCGUCUCUGGGGAACGGGCUGGUGCUGAGCUCGUUGGAGCCCCUCACGGAGGACAUCAACUCCGCCGCUGACAUGCUGCAGCUCAUCAACGACAACUGGGAUUGGCUGAUGAGCUCUCUGGACCAAUCAGGGACGGACGAGUGGCUGCCAGUGGAGGUGGAGCAUCAGGAAGACUUCGCCGCCCUCAUGACCGCCAUCCACGCCGCCCAAACCAGCCGCCUCGUUGCCUCGGGACCGUCGCUCAUGGAGCAAGCUAAGGGGUUCACUGCGCCGCCUGCUGCCUGGGGGCAAGAGUUGCCCCGGCUGGCCCGCCUGCGCCUGCGACUAGCAGAGGAGCUGGAGCUGAGGAGGCGGCUGCAGCGACUAGUGGUGGGCAGGAGGGGGGAUGGCGAGGAGAGCGGGGACAGGUAGGGAGGGGAGGGACGGUAAGGAGACGAGUAGAGAAAAGCAGAUGUUGCUGACUAAUGGGCUGCAGUAGUUAAUGGCGAAGGGGAGAGGAGAGGGGGAAGAGGAGAAUAGGGAGAUCGAGGGGGAAGUAACGAAGGAAAUAGGUGCUGCUGCUGUUCUGGUUGUGUGAAACCACCUGACUCACUGCUGUAACAAAGCU